UCCUGCCUUUUAUGCAAGGAGCAGGCUUUGGAUGGAAAGUUAUCUCGAUAAAAUUGGCAAAUUAGCCUAACAUUAUCGAUACUUUGCAGCGCCACUGUCGCUCACCGGCCUCUUCGACUUGUUUUCAGAUCCAGUUUCAUGCGUGCGUCUUCGCUGUUCAUUAUUACGAGGAGCAAAAAAGCCAACAUCUUCAUCUCGCUAACUAUUAGCUAGGUAGCAUUAGGAAGCUAGGCGUUUAGCAUGUCACAUUUUUGCCUUGUCUUGUGUUCAUCAAGGUAGCUAGCAGCCAGCGAGUCAUCAUUUUUUCUCAGGUGGGUGCACAGAGUAAAGCUGGUCAUCAGAGCUCCCGCUGACGUUAUCGCUAAACAUUUGGGGGAAAGAGCUGCAGAGAGGAGGAAACCAUCACUGUGCAUCGGCGUGUCAGCCAAUACUGCUGCUGCUGUAUCGACUGACUGAGUGUACCUCUUCAGUGGUGUGAAUGAGGGAGACAUGGCAGACCACACCCCACCUCUGGAGUCCGGCCAGCUUCUCAGCCCUGAACUCCCAAUCCUGACCUCGCCGCAACCUCCACCCAUGGUCAACGGGGAGGGCCCCCAGCAGGUAAUCCUGGUGCAGGUAAACCCAGGUGAGGCCUUCACUAUUCGACGAGAGGAUGGUCAGUAUCAGUGUAUCACAGGUCCUGCUCAGGUUCCCAUGAUGUCUCCAAAUGGUUCAGUGCCUCCAAUCUAUGUGCCUCCUGGAUACGUUUCACAAAUCAUAGAAGAGAACGGAGUGCGGCGGGUUCUGGUUUUACCUCAGCAACCAGAGUUCCACCCAGGGGGCCACUCCCCUCUCCACCACCCUCCACCUCCACCCCAUGCCCACCUGCCUGCCUUCAUCCCACACCCUGCCAUGAUGCCCCCGCCACCCCACCUGUACACAGGCAUGGCGGGGGGCGUGGGCGACAUGAGCUCUCAGUACAUCUCCCAGUACCAUCCGGCUCAUAUUUACUCAGAGCAGGUCUCUGCAGAUUCUCACUCCCAACACGGACGCCAAUCGUUUGUUCACAGAGACGACAGAACUAACAAAACGUACGAGCGUCUGCAGAAGAAACUGAAGGAGCGUCAGGGAGGUGGAGGAGGAGGGCAAGUGAAGGACAGCCCUCCCCCUUCGCCACAGAAGACUUGCAGCAGCCCUCCGACGCCGGACAUUCACAAUGGCGUUGGAGGGAAAGGGCUGGAGGCAGAGCAGGGCCAGGCCAGCCAUGCAGUGGCCGGCUCUGAUAAGCAGACAGGCAGGGGGAAAAACGGAGAGUCAGGAGAACUCGACGAGGAAGCUCAGGCCCUGCAAGCACUAUUGAGUACCAUCAGUAAACCAGUGGUGUCAGACUUCCAUGCCAGAGGAGCAGUAGUGAGCUGGAGUGUGCCCACCAGGCCGGAGAGUGAGAACGGGAGCAUGGAGGAAGACUGCAGCCCCGCGGGACCCUUCAGCUAUGAGGUCUCCAUCUCAUUUAGCGGCAAAGAUGGGAAAUACAAGGGCAUGUACUGUGGAGAAGAUCUAAGUGCAACUUUAGAAGACCUUCGACCAGCAACGGAAUAUCAUGUCAGGGUCCAGGCCAUGUGUAACUGUUUACAGGGAAGCCCGUCAGAGGCUGUGAGCUUCACCACAUUAAACUGUGAGCCAGAGCCUCCCAAUCCUCCCAGGAAGGCCAGCGGGAACAAGAACACACUCGUACUCCAGUGGAAGCCUCCAUGUGACAACGGUUCCAAGAUCCAAAACUAUAUUCUUCAGUGGGAUGAGGGAAAAGGCACUGGGAUUUAUGAACAGUGUUACCAUGGACCUCAUAAGCAGUACAGAGUGACCAAGCUUUCACCAGCCUCAAGAUACUCCUUCCGCCUUGCAGCCAAAAACGAAAUGGGUGUAAGCGAGUUCAGUGAAGUGGUGGACGUGUUCACCUCAUGCAGUGUACCAUUGCCACCCUUCCCUCCAGAGCUGGAGAUGCCGGGGGUGACCUGGCUGUGUCUGAAGUGGCAGAGGCCCACUAGCUCUCCGAAGGAGGAUGAAAUCUUCUAUGUUUUGGAGAUGGAGGAGGAAGGCUCGGGAUAUGGCUUCCAGCCAAGCUACGACGGAGAUGACCUCACAUGCACCGUCAGGAACCUCCACAGGAGUACCAAAUACAAGUUUCGGGUGGCGGCAUACAACUCGGAGGGGAAGAGUAACCCAAGCCAGGUGGUAGAGUUUGUCACAAAGCCAGACAGACCUAGCUGUCCCUGCAGGCCUGUCAUCAGAGGAAGAGUCCUGCCUAACAGCUUCAAGAUGGCCUGGGAGCCUCCCAAAGAAAAUGGUGGAGCAGAAGUCACAAAGUACGUUGUGGAGCUGUCUGAAGGCUUGAGCGGUGUGUCAUGGGAGCUGGUGUAUUCAGGGCCAGCUGUAGAGCACGUGUGUGAAGGCUUGAAGCCUGGCUGCUCCUACCAGACGCGAGUUUACUGCAUGAGCGAGGGGGGGCAGAGCCCGCUGUCGGAGACCCUGCAGGUCCAGACUCCCGCAGUGCCCCCAGGUCCCUGCCAGCCCCCUCGGCUGGUGGGUAAGCCCAAAGCCAGGGAGGUGCAACUGCGCUGGGGUCCCCCUCAGGUAGACGGAGGCAGCCCAGUGUCCUGCUAUUUUUUGGAAGUGAGUGGGCCGCAGUUUGAGGAUAACAAGGAAGUUUACCAGGGUGCAGAGCUGGACUGCUCCGUGGGAGGCUUAAUGCCUGGCAAAACCUACAGCUUCCGGCUCAAGGCAGGAAACAAGGCUGGGCCUGGACUCCCUUCAGAGCGCUGUGAGAUUACAACAGGCCCCGGGGCCCCGGAGCAGUGCAAGGCUCCGUUCACCACAUGCAAAUCCCCCAGCUGUGUUGUGGUGAGCUGGGAGGCUCCAGCCAGCAACGGAGCUCCGGUGACAGAGUUUCGUCUUGAGUGGGGCGCUGCUGAGGGCAGCAUGCAGAUGUGUUACAGUGGACCAGUGCUCAGCCAUGAAAUGAAGGGCCUAUUGCCUGCAACCAACUACUUCUGCAGGGUACAGGCUAUCAAUGUGGCUGGCGUGGGGCCUUUCAGUGAGGCGGUGUUGUGCCAGACGCCCUGCUCUGUGCCUGCAGCCGUUAGCAACUUCAGCGCACUGAAGGAGUCCCAGCUGCAAAGGUACGAGACUACAGUGGACGCAGAGGAAGACGAGGAGGAGGAAGACGAGGAGGAGGAAAGUAGCAAUUCCCAGCCACAACCCGUCUACUCUCCGUCCACCUGCUUGGGUAUUUGCUGGGAACCCCCGUGUGAUCACGGCUCUGAGAUCACUUCCUACCUGAUUGACCUUGGAGAACGCCAGCCCAUCGUCGUCGGCCCCGUCACUAAACACAUCAUCCAGCAUCUGCAGCCUGACACUAGCUACAGGAUCCGAAUUCAAGCCCUGAACAGUUUGGGAGCAGGCCCAUUCAGUCACACCUUUAAACUGAAGACGAAGCCCCUGCCCCCGCAGCCGCCCCGCCUGGAGUGCACCGCCUUCAGCCACCAGACCCUCAGGCUCAAGUGGGGCGACGGCCCAACCAAAGCCGCCACCUCAGACGCCCUCCAGUAUCAGCUGCAGAUGGGGGACAAGAGCGGCAGAUUUAUAUCCUUGUAUAAAGGACCAUGCCACACACACAAAGUCCAGAGGCUUAAUGAGUCUACCUCUUACACGUUCCGCAUCCAGGCCUUUAAUGAGGCGGGCGAAGGGCCCUUCUCCAAUGUUUACACAUUCACCACCCCACGCUCUCCUCCAGCCCCUGUGAAAGUCCCUAAAGUGGAGCGUCUGGAUGACAACUCCUGCGAAGUCACAUGGGAGGCCCUGUCGCCCAUGAAAGGGGACCCAGUCAUCUACACCUUGCAGAGCAUGAUGGGAAACUCUGACUUUAAACAGGCCUACAAAGGCUCUGCCACAUCCUUCCAUGUCCAGAACCUGCAGCCCAACAGUGACUACCGUUUCCGGGUGUGUGCCAUCAGGCAGUGCCAGGAUGCCCCAGAGCUGAGUGGUCCUUACAGUCCCACAGUGACCCUCUCCCCGCAGCGCAAUGACGUGGCAGUGGGCGCUUCAGCUGCUGGCUCGGGGUCCAAGGCCGGCACGGAGUCCAGCCGCGCCAGACGGAGCCUGACAGAUGAGCAGUGCGCUUUCCUCCUCCUCAUGGUUUUUGCCAUCAUUGCCAUCCUUAUCGCUUUUGUCAUCCAGUACUUUGUCAUUAAAUGAGCAGUGUACCCCCCACCCCAGCUGCAGGGUUAUAGCUUUAUUCUCCCGCCCCCCUCUGUUGUUUUGUAUUCUUCAUUUUGUACUUGUUGUUUUCUGUUGUCAGUACUCGCAUUAGCUUUCAGGGGGGAGGGAGGGCUGGUGAGAGUGGGCUGGAUAGCAGUUUUGAAUUUGAGGAUGUAACACCUAAUUUUUGGCACCUGUGAUACCUUCCUCUCCUGCCUCUUGUCACCCUGCCCCAACCUCUGUGGUAUCUGUUGUUGAGUUGACAUUUCUGUUCCAUCAUGAUUUGCUUCCUGUGCAAAAAGGAACUCAGAAAGAGCAGGGAUAUGGUUUAUUUUGGGGGAGAGGGUGGGAGGGAGGGAAGGGGCACUUCGACUCAUGUACUUGUUGAUUACUAUAUAUAUAGUAAUAUAUAUUUAUAUGUAUAUUAUAUAUUACUUAUUAUAUUAUAUUAUAUAUAUUACUAUAUAUAUACACACACAGUAUAUAUGUGUAUAGAGAUAGUCAUUAUUUAUAUUUCCAUUUAUGUGUCCAGUAUGAAACUGUUUUUGAUAGAUGUGUUCCAAAAAUAGUACGUAGGUAUGUCAUUAGCCUAUGUGCUAUUUGAUCCUGGGACCUGGUGGGCCAGUGUUUGCACAGUGGGGUGUGUGUGUGUGUGUCCAGAUGUGUAUAUUGUAUGUAGUUGGUGCCACAGAGGUACACGGCUGGGAGGGCUUCAGGGCCAGAUGAGAAGGGACUUUAACCCCCUAGCUGGAGUUUAAGGGGUCUAGCGAGAGAAGAAAACGAAAAUGAAAUUCUUGUUCACAUUAUAGAACAUUCAUUUAGCACUUUCCAACCUUUUUGAUGUUCAGAAUGUUUAAGGAUGCAAAAAUGACUGGAGAAAUGUUAGUAUAUUUUUGUACAGUGAAGACACAAGGACCUGUAAGUUUGAGGAAAAAAAAAAGCUCAGUAUAAAGUUAGAAAACAAACAAAAACCAAACUAACAGUGAAUUCUAAUUAUUUUUACUAUCAUAUAGUUAUACUGUAGCUUGUUUUUACAAUCAUGCAGCUGCUUUACUCCGAAAUAUUGUUGUUCAGCACAAAAAAUGUAUGCUUACCUGUAUGUUCUGUUUUAUUUCUAAUUUUUGUUUUUCCCCAGUAAUUAAUUUUGCACCUUAGUGGAAGAAAAACCUUGACUCACUGCGUCUUGGUCUCGUGAUGCAUUUUAUAGAACACACUUUGAGAUUGUGCGAGCCCUACUUGUGUUUUGGGUGUUUUAAAAGUUGUAGUACCACAUAACGUGUCACUGAAACAGCUGAUCUAUCUCAGCAAAAGAAAACUAAAAAACUACCAAAAAAAAAUCUAAAAAAAAACCAGAGGGAAUAAAAAGUAUGUACCAGUUGUUUCAGAGGCCUUAAUUGGAGAGGAAAAAAAUCUCGGGAGAAUUUUCUUAAUUUCUCUUAAGUUGUUUUUUCUUUAGUGUUAGAAACACUAAAAUGUGUUUUAUUUACUUUUAUUUUUUUCAACUUGUAUUUGAUGUUAGUAAACCUAUGUAAUCAUGAGCGAAAUGGAAAAGUAGUUCUGUGUACUGAUUUCUUUUGAUUUCUUUUGUCAGGUUAUACAUGUGUGAAGUAUAUUUUUUUAUAAUAUUGAAGUAAUAUAAGUUAAUACUCUCCAGAGAAAAUAAUAAAUCCUGAGUACUCAUGAAUCAUGGAACACAAAUGACAGAUACAACGUGUUAUAUCAUGUACUUCCUGUGAAUCUAAAUUUACCUUUUCUCUGUGUGUUAAAUAUUCGUAACAGAUUGCUAACGCUGACUUUUCAGUAGUAAUCUGCCGUAGGGUCUAUUGUUGUUUGGUUUUGGGCAGAUAACCGUUGUUGCAACCAUAAAAAUGAAAUACAGGUACCUUGCAAAACGUCUUGGAUAAUUACAUGAUUUGGUCUUUCAGACAUUCUGCAGAUGUCUUCUCUUUGUCGUUUAAAGAAUUCAAAUUCCUAUUUUUGAUAGCAAUUGCAAUGUGUGCCAUUUUAACACCUCUUCACCCUGGGCUUACUACCUUUGGUUGGGGAGAUUAAGAAAAUGCUACAAAAAUGAGUAAAAUAUGCACAAAAAUAGAGACCAUUUUUAUGUAAUUUUAAUGUUUGCAGUUACCUCAUACACCGUACAUUCCAAAAUGAAAAUUUGUUAUACUAUACAUACUACCAGACAUAUCACUUUAAAAUGUUCGUUAUGGGAAAAAUGUAUAAUCAUAGAAUUGUAUCUAAAGUGUAUCUGUAUAGCCAUGAUAUCUACAAAGGAUCCAUGCACAAUAAAAGAUUUAUAAUUCUUAA